CCGUUCCUUGAACCUAAAUGACACUGUCAACCAUAUAUGGCGAAUUCACUAUAGAAACUUUACUCUCUCAAUGGUUGGGUCAUAGUUCAGUAAAGAUAGGGUGCACAGGGUGACCAGUGAGAACCCUCUCUGCAUUAAAUGCGAUUACAGAGCGUAAAGAGCAGUGCAACUUGGUUACACCGUGCCGUAUGCGCCAGCAUGCAGGUUAUAGUAACGAUCAAGCGCUCGGGUGAAAGAGCAGCAGUCAGUAGAGCGACGGGACAUACAUAACAUCUCACAGAUAUGAUUUGGAAAUAGAUAAUAUAUCUAAACUUUGUUUAAAUACGGUUUAUGUUUAAAAACAUUAGAUAGGAAUCGUGGAAGUAAUAUAGUGUUUUAAAUAACCCAGAUGGAUAGUUUAAACUAUAACCUAUACACAUGUGAGGUUUAUCUAUAGGAUUGCUUACAGGUUAACCUUUUCACACACUCUGCAUUUGCGCUUUACGCAACGUUGUGUUUACAUUAAAUAUGGCGAUGACUGCCACACAAAAUCCUGUGCUAAACUCGUGGCGAGAUCCGGACACUGUCGUUGACUUAAACGGAACGACACCGACUGCGGUACAGCCACCACCACCGGCUCCGCAGGCUUCACAACCAGCAAACAUUACGUCAGCGUCAGUGCCACAACCAGUACAAACGCAGGUCGCCCAACCGGUGACCAACGUCUCAAACGGCGGCGACAGUUCUGCAUCAAGUCAGAAUGGGAGUUCGACUCCCGACAGUAAAAACCAGCACAUCGAAUGUGUCGUGUGCCAUGACAAAAGCUCGGGCAAGCAUUAUGGACAGUACACGUGCGAGGGUUGUAAGUCGUUCUUCAAGCGUUCCGUUCGACGUAAUUUGACGUACACGUGCCGGGGAAACCGGAACUGUCCCAUGGACCAGCACCACCGGAACCAGUGCCAGUAUUGCCGGUUCAAAAAGUGCUUGAAAAUGGGGAUGAGACGGGAAGGUAAGCUCCUCAACGGCGUUUCUGUCAUUGCAGCGGUACAGCGGGGGCGGGUACCGCCGACACAGCACCCAUUCGCAGGCCAGAUGGCGUUCACAAACGGCGACCCUCUGACUGGCCACACGUACCUGUCCAGCUUCAUUUCCAUGCUCCUCCGUGCCGAGCCGUACCCCACAUCCCGCUACGGACAGUGCAUGCAGCCAAACAACAUCAUGGGAAUAGAAAACAUUUGCGAGCUCGCAGCGCGCCUGCUCUUCAGCGCUGUUGAAUGGGCCAGGAACAUCCCGUUCUUUCCCGAGUUACAGAUCACAGAUCAAGUUGCUCUGCUAAGACUCAGUUGGAGCGAGCUGUUCGUGUUGAACGCCGCUCAAUGCUCAAUGCCACUGCACGUGGCCCCCUUGUUGGCGGCCGCAGGGCUCCACGCUUCUCCCAUGGCCGCCGACAGGGUCGUGGCCUUCAUGGACCAUAUCAGAAUAUUUCAAGAACAAGUGGAAAAAUUGAAAAUACUGCACGUCGAUUCAGCAGAAUAUAGUUGUCUAAAAGCCAUUGUUUUAUUUAGCUCAGACAGAAAACCUGAACAGCCUGCACAGAGACUUUCGAAUGCAUACAACACGUGUGGAAUUACUGACGCGAACCACAUAGACAGCAUCCAGGAGAAGUCCCAGUGCGCGCUGGAGGAGUACUGCCGGAGUCAGUACCCCAACCAACCCACCAGAUUUGGCAAACUUCUCCUCCGUCUCCCCUCCUUGAGGACCGUGAGCGCCUCCGUCAUUGAACAGCUCUUCUUUGUACGCCUCGUGGGCAAGACGCCCAUCGAAACACUUAUACGAGAUAUGUUGCUCAGCGGAGGCUCAUUUAAUUGGCCCUACAUGGCAAUCCAAUAGUACACGACUAUCUUUGCUUCAUACGGCUAGUCGCCCAUUCUCUGGUAACGAAAGCAAAUCACUGUAACCUUCUGAUCUUCUCAAGAACUGUGCAGCAUUGGCUGAGAGAUUGCAAUGUCAAUAGAGGGCAUGACUUUAACGCUAAAGGUCUGAUCGAUACUGCCAGUGAGACAUUUCGCAGAAACUUUUCUUAUUGGUUGAAGUUAGACGAUGCGCAUUUUUAAUACAUUUAAAAAAGGAUAAAGGUGAGGUUUGCUUUUGUCUUUAGGGAAUGGAAAUGAGCAGUUGUUGUUGUUUGUUGUUGUUGUUGUUAUUAUUAUAGUUGUGUUGGUCGUAGUCGAGAACAGACAGUAAACUAUUCAGACACACUAUUGACGAGUUUCCAAUCAAAAUUGGUCUCGUGUAUAUUUAUCAAUGAGUUCUGAUCCAUUCACAUAGCACGAUGUAUCCUGAUGCAGAGUGCCAAUAAAGCUGGCUUCAUGCGGUUUCUUUUAAUUUUCAAUCUUGAUAUAAUUAAAUCUACAAACGUAUGUGUACAGGUAGAUUAACAUUUUUCUUCAGUAUUUAUAAACUAAAUUAACUAUGUGAGAUAAUGUUACUGUCGCCCACACAGUUGAAAUCAUUGAAUAAUUCACAUAACCCAUCGCAUCAUAUGUAAUUAAUUUCACAAUCAUUUACUAAGGUUUUAAACCAGUCACUUAUUUAGAAGUUUCAAAAACUUGCAAAACCUAUGAAAAUGUUAAUUAUUAUUUUUUACCUAUAGUGUGUCAUUAAAUGGCAUACGAUGUAAACGGACAUAAUAAAUGUAUCCUUUCCUGUUUAAAAACCUUCUUAUAUUAAAUUUAUGAACUCUUGUCUAUUAAUAAUGCAUUGCAAUAUUUAUAAUUAGUGCUAGGGUUAACUUUAUGACCAUAUUUCUGUAAAUAAGAUGCUGUAAGAAGCACACGUGCAAGGCUUCCAAAGCCGCUUAUAUCCAUCCAUCUCCUCCACUCAGCAUUGGAAAUGACCAAAGUCCAUUUGAUGCAAGCACAGAGUGGCUUCUUAAUAAUAAUGCUCGUAUUCAAUCCACACAAGACCACUCAAUUCAGCAGCAUGUAUAUAGAAGUUGUAUUAUUUUGUAACUUUACAUACUUUUUAUGUAUAAUUCAAUUAUUAAUGGCGUUGUAAUACAUUCCAUGCAGUUUAUAUUUUGUACUUCUUUCUUUUCUGAAGUGUUUCACUGCGUACGUGACAGCAGAUAUUGCAAAAUAUCCAGCUCAUUAAACUUUAAAGUUAGGUCCGGAUAGGAAGGGCGGGAUGCUUGGAGGUCCGGACGGGGUGGGGGUGCGUGGGUAACGGACGGGGGAUGCUGGGGUCUGGAAAGGCGGGCGGGGCUUCUUAUUAAAAGACUCAAGUUUAUAUAUCACGACAUGUUUGCAAAUUUAAAAAAAAAACUUUGUUUACUUAACGAUACUUAUUUAUUUUUUUCGACAUUUAUAUUUAUAAUUACUACUUGUGUUUAACGAUCGAUCGUACGUUACGCUCGAUGAGAGAACUUUGCGAUGCCUCUUAUUUCAGAAAUUAGUACAGUUUCUACUAAGGAAAUAUUAUAUAAGUCACCAUCUUUUAAACGAAUGAGUAAAUUUUUCAUACUGACGGCUGGUUUUGAAACCCCAUAUGCUCUCGUAAGAACUGUUUGUCAUACUAGUGCGGUACAUUUAUGUGUGGUACAUGUAUGUGCAGUCCAUAUAUUACACUUAUGACGCGUGAAUAAUGAAUCAUAAGAACAGGAAAAUAAGUUAAAUGUCAUUUAUUUUGUGUAUAUUUCUGUAAACAUCUACAGUUAAGCACUGAUUCUAUUUCAACUGUCGAGUGUAUGUAUUUGACGUUUUUCGUUUUCACGUUUCACAAUGACUUGAACGUUAUUUAUCUCCCAUGCUUUGUUGCAUAAUAUGCGCCUACUAAAAUGUUGUUCACAUAGGUCUUUCAUUUAAGUCAUGAUGAUCUUCUUGUAUAUACGUAUACACCACUAAUUGCCAUAAUUCAUUCACAUUUGCACUCUGUUAGGUUUAAAACCACAUUGGUGCAUUUCAAUUUUACAUUAUUAUUCAUGUACAAUGUAUCUCUAUGUAUUCAACUGUCUUAAUCUAAUUCAAACCAGUGUACACUAUGUGAGCUCUAUGUUCCAACGGUGAACAACUGUUCGCCUGUCUGUACAUCUUGUAGUCAUUAGUUGAACACAUUAGUUUAACUUCUAAUUUUUAACGUAUGCUUCAUUUGAUGUAGUUAUGUUAUUCAGUAAUUCUUGAAACAAAACAGUCGCAUGUGUAGUUGUAUUAAAAAAGCAUUUUCUUCAAUGAUGCAGUUACAAAAAAUGUUGAUAUACUGUUGAUAUACUGUCAGAAAACGUUUAUGCACAAAAAUGUAUAAUUCAUAUACAAAACUAAAUUAUUUCACUUCGAAGUUUUUAAGGAAGUGAACGUUUUGACUUUAUUAUUUGGAAUGAAUAAACGGAUUGUCAUGUUUGGCAAUUCCAAAAAGAAAAAAAAAACGUUUUUUAAAAAGUGAACUUUUUUGACUAUUUUCCUUGUUUCUCUUUAUCUGAUCUUUCAGUGGUUUUCCACAUUCCACAUGUAUAUUCACAGAACUAAUACAAUUACUCUGGUGAUUUCAUAUUUGUUUUAAUGCAUUCAUUUAUUUCCAUAGUCUGUAAGAACUUCAUUGUGACACGUUGUCCUAUAACUGUGCUUUCUUGUCAUUUUCUAUAAAAGUGUAAUUAAGUUAGCCAAUGAAUUUGUUACGGAACUAGAAAAGUAUUAUUUGUGUAAUGUUAUAAUUAUAGUGUUGUGCUUACAUUAUUCGUGUCCAAGACACACAUUUCUUUCCGCUUACAGAAGAAAUAAAACAAUUUUAUUUGCA